AAAGUCGCCCGCUAUCGACUUCCCGGCCACAGUUGCUUGACGUCGUCAACCAUACCUCAGAGUAGGCGUUUCGGAUUAGGUGGUCAUCGCCAUUUGGUUUCUUCUUGGACUCAUGUGCUGUAGCUUGUACCGAUCUACCACGCCUCCCGUUCUCAGUCCAUCUCCGAUUUAAUUGUCACCCCUGGUGAUUCAUUCAAGAUGACCUCACGUAUCGACAAGACGAUUGCUCGACAACAAGAAAAGAUCGCUUCUGGUGCCUACUACGAAGCUCACCAGCAACUGCGGGUCAUCGCUGCGCGAUACAUCAAACAAGCCAACUACAAUGCGGCAGCAGAGAUCCUGGCUGGCGGCGCCACUGCUCUUCUGAGGGCUGGAUCUCAGCAGGGUGCUUCUGCUAGUGGCGGAGAUUUGGCGAUCAUGCUGGUGGUCGAGGUCUACACAAAGGCGGGGUGGGAGAUUACUGGAGGGGACGACGAUACGGAAGGGCGGGCGCGGAAGAAGCGCUUAAUCGAACUUCUGCACGAAUUCCCAUCCGAAGAGCCCACUCGGAGAAGGUUUAUUCAGGAAAUCAUCGGCUGGAGUGGCCGAUUCGGACCUUUGGAAAGAGGCGACCCCGACCUGCAUCAUGCCGCUGGAUCGGUAUAUGCGGAAGACCAUGAACCCUAUGACGCGGAGAAGCAUCUCAUCUUCGGUACCUCUGAAUCCGCCGAGACUCUGGCUAAACUCGAGUUCGAGUGGUACACCCAUGACGAACCGCACACGGCGGCAAUCUAUGCAUCUCGCGCAGUAUUCCCGUACCUUUUGAUCGGAAACCUUCGCAGCGCCAACAAAGCCUUCCUUAUCUUCACGUCAAAGCUUUCCUCCUCGAACCCCUCACUUGGUGUGCAAGAGGUCAGCAGCGCUAGUUCCGACGCACGAGUCUUCCCCGCACUGGCCUUGGUCAACUUCAUAAGCAUGCUGCUUCUCACAAUCCAGCGUGGUAGUUCGGAUCUGUUCAAGCAGUUGACUGCGCAUUAUGCAUCCCAGAUCAGAGAUGUCGGACUUUGGGACGAUGCACUGUCCCAGCUUGGCGAACAGUAUUUCGCAAUCAAGGUCCCGAGGCAGAGCAACCCCCUGUUGGAUAUGAUGAGCGGUAUGCUUUUUGGUGGCGGUCAGGAUAACGCUGGUGCUCGGAGGGCACCUCAGGGCAGAGGGGGAUCAAAGAGGGUGGAAGCGCCCCCUGCGAGUCUGGAGCUCGACUAAGACUUUGCCGGGCAUUCUGGCGAUAUAAAGAAUGUAAUUUGAUCACAUCCUCCGCCAUGCAUAAUAAUGAAUAUAGACAAACGGGGCGCGAAUGGAAUGAU